AUGUGAACGGAUCUCGAGAGCCGAGACUUUUCAACGCGGAGCAUCCUCCUAAGAAUAUAUAAGUUAUCUUGAGGAAGGACAUUUGGGAAGAGUAAUAUUAUAUUAUAGAUGGUGGGAUAGUUGGAUAUAACGCCGUAAACACGUGGGUUAUUCGAUAUAACGCGAGUGGCCCCGUCUCUCAUCGGCGUACGUUGUUUUUAUACCGUCGGAUCUAUCGCGGUUUCGGUCGCGCCUGGUCUGGCCCGUGGCCUGCCUUGUCUCUGCUGCCGCGAAUGUGGAUAAUCGACGACGGUGUAUCGUUCUGCUGCUGUUGUUGCUGCUAUUGCUAUUGUCGCUGUUACUAUCAACUACUACUACUGUUACUACUACCACUGCUACUAGAGUUACUACGACGAAAAGUACGACAACUACUGCCGCUGCCGCUGCCGCUGCUGCUGCUGCUGCUGCUGCUGCUGCUGUUACUCCUGCUCCUGUUUCUACCAUCGUCGUCGUCGUCGUCGUCGUCGUCGUCAUCGUCGUCGCCGUCGUCGCCGUCGCUGUCGUCGUCGUCGUCGUCGUCGUCGUCGUUGUCGUCGUCGUCGACGUCGUAUAGUAGUCGUCGCGAAGUUUGCGUACCCGCCACCAUCGUCGUACCAAUAAUACGUCUAUCAAUUUCGAAGGACUUUAAAACGCCCGUGGAAAUUAGUCCGUUUUAAAAGCAAAAAAAAAAUAUAUUAUUAUUAACGUGGGGGAAUCCUUGUGCUCUUUAUCGCAAGCCCGACACAGGCUCUUAAGCACUACAUCGUGAUUGUCACUUGAUAGCAUCCGAGGCGCCAAACUUGUCCGUAUCGGCGCUUUCUCCAGACCAAGUAGUAUCAAUGUUGUCUGGCAAUGGUGUGUAAGGAGAACGUGGUAUCAUGGUUUGGGAAUCUGUCCAGUUAUAAACGUAUAGAUGUCAUGUGCACGUUGCUAAAUAUGUGCUUGCCAUUUGAAGUACGAUACCUUGGCACGUGUGUCGAGGAUAUUGGAAAGCGAGAUUACAAUGAUCUGCGCGAUACAGAGCAUCAUGCAAACAAUGUCUCAGAUCUCACAGAGCUGACGAACCUUGGUGUCACAGACAAGCGCACAAGAAGAAAACUUGCUCUCUAUAUGGCACUGCUACAUUCUUGCAAUUAUGCAUGCGCAGUGAUCUUAUACAAAAACUUGUCAAACUUUGAUUAUCAAGAGAUUUCCAAUCUUCUCAAUGGGACCACUUUUACACCAGACGAUCAACCUCUGGAAGAAUUACUCUUACUAUAUACAAUGGCAUUAAAUCAUCCAGCCUUUACGUACGAACAGAAGAGUGUCUUUGGUAAUAUUUACAUUAAACUUCAGGAGGAGGAGACACGGUUUAAUCUUUCAAAGUCUAUCACUUCUGGCAAACCUGUACAAGGCUGUACACCAUGCAUUAACACAAAUGAUAGAUUAGUGGAUCCUGAAAUGCAAAGUAGUUGUUUGAUGCCACCACCUCAAAUGCAAACUUAUCAUGGAGAUAUGUCAAUGAGAAAUAAUCCAAUGAUGAGCGGAGUGCCACCUGGUCUUUCUAUGCCUCCACCCGGCAUAUGUUUGCCUACUCCCGAACAAAUGUCAAUGGGUUCUGGAGGCACAACGCAAUAUGUUCAUCUUGGUUUUCCGUCGGUUAAUCAUUUACCACCAUGGACAGGUCAGGUUGUAAUGGGAAAUCAACUGAUGUAUCAUACCGGUGACAUGUUGGCUUAUCCACCUUCCCCUUUAGUCAGUCGCCAGUCCUCGCCAUCCCAAUCUCGAUCUCCUAGUCGUAGUAAUUCUCCAAUGGGCCGAAGAAAUAAUGCAAUGCCACGGACAUCUUCACAAGUCACUCAGUCAACUUCGAAUACAUUAACAUCAACGAGUGCCUGUAACAGUCAGAUGAGUAUCUCUAGUUCCAAUGCCAGUUCCUUCCCUCUAUUUCCUGCACUUGGCACGAGCAGAAGUCUUCCAGCACAAUCACCGUUACUUCCAUCGAGAUCUCUUCCUUUACCAAUUACCAGCACGACGACUUUCUCUAGACAUAACAGCAUAGACAACAAUCCUUGCACAUUAAUCCCAGCAACACAAUCAAAGCAACCACCACCACCUCCCCCACGAUUAAGAUCUUCAACCUCUGGAGAUUCUUUAAGGGAAACAUUGGGCAAAGAAAUGCCAAACUUCAAAGGAAACCUACAAGAUAUUUCUCUUGAUCAGAUGCGGAGAAUGAGUGACGAAGAUUUAAGGGAAAUUGGAUUAACUCCAAAUGCUGUAGGACAGUUGAGAAGUAUAAUUAAAAGUCAAACUACUAAUGGAUUGAAUCAAAUUACUGCAGAUAAGAAGCUAGACAAUACUAAUAAUUCAGGAAAUACGAUGGGAGAUUCUAUGGAAAAUGAGGGUAUGCCAGGAGUUGAUAUUUUAAACGAUGGCGGAAAUCAAGGUCCGAAAUCCAUGUUGAUGCAGGAACAACAUCCAAUGCAUCAUCAUCACAAUCAUG